UCGCGUGAACUAAUGGCGUCAUCGAAGCGACGGGCCCGGAAGGAAGUAGCGUGCGGAGAGGUGUGGCGGUUUCUGCGGUUGCACAGGGGUUCGGACGAGUACGGAGCGCCUGGAGGGACAGCCUGGGUGAACGCUCACUGAUGGCUCAGUUGGGAGCAGUUUUGGCUCUGGCUGCCAGUUUCUUGUGUGCAUCUCUCUUCUCAGCUGUGCACAAGAUAGAAGAGGGACAUAUUGGGGUGUAUUACAGAGGCGGUGCCCUGCUGACUUCCACCAGCGGCCCUGGCUUCCAUCUCAUGCUCCCAUUCAUCACAUCCUAUAAGUCUGUGCAGACCACACUCCAGACAGAUGAGGUGAAGAACGUACCUUGUGGGACAAGCGGUGGCGUGAUGAUCUACUUCGACAGAAUCGAGGUGGUGAACUUCCUGGUCCCACACGCAGUGUAUGAUAUAGUGAAGAACUACACUGCCGACUACGACAAGGCGCUCAUCUUCAACAAGAUCCACCACGAGCUGAACCAGUUCUGCAGUGUCCACACGCUUCAGGAGGUCUACAUCGAGCUCUUCGAUCAGAUUGAUGAAAAUCUCAAACUGGCUUUGCAACAGGACCUGACCUCCAUGGCCCCCGGGCUCGUCAUCCAAGCUGUGCGGGUGACAAAGCCCAACAUACCUGAAGCCAUCCGCAGGAACUACGAGCUGAUGGAAAGCGAGAAGACGAAGCUUCUGAUUGCAGCCCAGAAGCAAAAGGUGGUGGAGAAGGAAGCCGAGACAGAGCGGAAGAAGGCCCUCAUUGAGGCAGAGAAAGUGGCUCAGGUGGCAGAAAUCACCUAUGGGCAGAAGGUGAUGGAGAAGGAGACGGAGAAGAGGAUUUCGGAAAUCGAAGAUGCUGCGUUUCUGGCCCGGGAGAAGGCCAAGGCGGACGCCGAGUGCUACACUGCCAUGAAAAUAGCCGAAGCAAACAAGCUGAAGCUGACCCCCGAGUAUUUGCAGCUGAUGAAGUACAAGGCCAUCGCUUCCAGCAGCAAGAUUUACUUCGGCAAAGACAUCCCUGACAUGUUCGUGGACUCUGCGGGCAGCCUGGGCAAGCACUUGGAGGCGCUAGCUGACAAGCCGAGCUUUGACUUAGAAGAGGAGCCCUCGGAGGCAGACGCGGAGGAGAACUGAAUGUUUCUGUCCCCAGCCGCACAUGACCCUCAAAGAGAUCUUUAUUUUUUAAUGAUGAACCAGCCCUCCCUUCCACACUACCUUCUUUGACUCUCUUCCACGUACUGUGGUGAAAAAAGAAGAAACGGACUUAAACCUAUUCCCCUUCCUGGGAAGCGGGGGUAGGGACUGAUGAAUUGGGGUUUUCUUCAGGUAAGUAGGUUACGUGGCUUCUGUUAAGAUUUGGAAACCAUGGGCUAGACCUUUGAGCUCCAGGCACUGAUUUUCACCCUUUUGAAGCUGGCUUAAUUAGGGAUGCUAUUAAUAAGGAGUGGGAGAAAUGCAGGGUGUCGCCUCCGAUCGGACUGCCCUUAUUUGGGGAAAGGCAGUCCAGUGUUCUCAACCUGCCUCCAAGGUGGGAGAUGCCCGUGGGUGAGGCCCAGCUACCGAGCAAGUACGUGCUUGUAAGUUUGCCAGCAGAGCUGUGGAGAAACGGCUGCGGUGGAUGUUGGCUUUCCCGGCGCUCCUGGCCGUGAGCCCGUGGGUUACUGCCGAGGCCCGCUCUCUGGAGCCCUGGUAAGGAAGAGCUGGUGCUAUAGGUUCUGCAGGCUUUUCUACACACCACCCUCCUUGCCCCAGGGCUGAAAGCGUGGUGGCUUCCGACCACAUUUCCAGGGUCAGGGUUUGGCCCCCACCACACAAUUCUUUUUAAAACUCUUCACCUAUUCUGUGAUUUGGUUUUUUUCUCCUCUUAACCUGUUCGUUGGUUCCACUCAGCAUCAAGAAGACAGGAAUGAAGAACUCAGGUGUCUUCAAAGCUGCUGAAGUGGGACCGUGCUAUCUGUUAGCCACUGUGGUACCUGCUUGGCAAACUGUGCGCGUUCCUUGAGAUCAAGUGUCUUUUCAUUGCUGUGGGGAUCCUACGGUUGAAGACCUCCUCUGGGGGAGGAAGAAGGGCUCGUCCAAAAGAUUCCCCAAUCUCAGUGCCUGUGACUUGUGCUGGGGUCUGUCUGAUGUAGUGAUAAGGGGGAGCCCGUUCGCUAAGCGGCCGGAGUCUUUAAAUCCAGGGCUCCAGGGGUCACACCGAGUGUUAAAUCUCCAGAGACAGCUGUGUGGGUACGAGUUCAUGCCCUAGUCCCUGGGUCAGAAGGACUGCAUCAGAAUCCACUCAAAUGUUUUUUCAUUACUAAUUGGGAGAUUUGGGUGGGGGGAACACAAAGAUGAAAAAAAGGUUUUCUUGUGUCCUGAAGUUGGAGUUGGGGGCAGGAGUGUGUACCAGGUCGCUAAGUGGAGGGCAGCUGUCUGGAGUGAACUUGCAAGCCUGUUGGUAUCGUCCACGACAAGCCCUGGCUGAGGAUUUGUUAUUAGCUGCCCCCCUCCAAGAAGAACUCCCACUGUACCCCUCUUUUCUCGGUGAAACUACAAAUGAUACUUUCUGGCACAGA